CUCCCGCCGCCGCUGCAGCCGCAGUGACAGGCGAGCCGGGCGGGUGACGGGAAGUGCGGGCCGCGGGCGCGGGCGGGAGGUGACAGCAGCCACGCGGGGAAGAUGGCUGAGGACUUCGGCUUCUUCUCGUCGUCGGAGAGCGGGGCCCCCGAGGCCGCAGAGGAGGACCCGGCGGCCGCCUUUCUGGCCCAGCAGGAGAGUGAGAUUGCUGGCAUCGAGAAUGACCCGGGUUUCGGGGCACCUGCCGGCAACCAGGUGGCUUCUGCGCAGCCGGGACUCGCGAGCGGGGCUGGUUCCGAGGACAUGGGGACUACAGUCAAUGGGGACGUGUUUCAGGAGGCUAACGGGCCUGCCGAUGGCUACGCUGCGGUUGCCCAGGCGGACAGGCUGACUCAGGAACCCGAGAGCAUCCGAAAGUGGAGAGAGGAGCAGAAGAAACGGCUGCAGGAGCUGGACGCUGCCUCCAAGGUGACUGAACAGGAGUGGCGAGAGAAAGCCAAAAAGGACCUAGAGGAGUGGAACCAGCGCCAAAGUGAACAAGUUGAGAAGAACAAGAUCAACAACAGGGCAUCUGAAGAGGCGUUUGUGAAGGAAUCCAAGGAGGAGACCCCAGGCACAGAGUGGGAGAAGGUGGCCCAGCUGUGUGACUUCAACCCCAAGAGCAGCAAGCAGUGCAAAGAUGUGUCCCGCCUGCGCUCGGUGCUCAUGUCCCUAAAGCAGACACCGCUGUCCCGCUAGGUGCCUGCCAUAAGGAUGGCCACAAAGCAUGGGCCUUGCUGGGGCAGAGGAGCAGCUGCUUCAGCCAGGGUGGAACUUCCUCUGGCAGCUGUCACACACAGCCUGUUCUGUUCCUCUGCAUCUCUGGGAGCUGGGAAGUGGGACCCUUACCCCUUUCAACCCCAACUCCCUCCUGGCCCCAUGUUCCAGCCCCUCAUGACUCCUCUCAGUCCACUCAAUUGUGACUGUCCCUCCUGAUGUAUUUUUUCUUGGCUUAAAGGGUAUGUUAACUCUUUUUACACUUA